CUAGUAUUUUACGUCACACAAAAAACAAAUAUCCCGGAAUAGAACAGUCUCGUAGCAUCAUCAGUACCGUACAAACCGCAAACAUUUCAUUAUUUUCAUUUGAUCGCGAUGACCAAUCUCUUUUUGCCAAUUCUAAUCGUUGCUUUAAGUUGCGGUUUCGUGAUUUGCACCAACGUUCUUCCAUGUACCAAUGUCGAUGCUCCCGUACCUGAAGUCCAAGUCCAAAACUGCGACGACAUGCCUUGUGUGUUUUACAUCAAUAGCAAGACUUCCAUGACGAUGAAAUUCCGAGCUCCUCGUUACUUGGAGCAUUUUGCCCCAAAUGCGCUCGCAUCAGUUAUGGGAGUUAAUGUCACGUACCCAUUGGGACAGGACGAUGGGUGUGUUGGAGUCACCAAUACGCCGUGUCCUUUGGCGGAAAAUGAGUACAUUGAGUAUACUUAUGGGAUGCUCAUUCUUCCAAUUUUUCCAGAAGUUUCACUUACAAUGGAAUUCUCAUUAAUUGACAAAGAUUUAAAUAAUACGGCGUUUGAGUGUUUUAAAGUUGAUUUGCAAAUUAAAAAGGCUUAAUACAUAUUAUUUUUUGCAAA